AUGACCAUGACGACGAUGGCUGACGGGCUGGAGGCGCCGGACUCGUCCAAAUCCGCCUUCAUGGAGUUCGGGCAGCAGCAGCCGCCGCCGCAGCCCCAGCAGCCGCCCCAGCCCCAGCCGCCGCCGCCGCCUCCUCCCGUGGCUCCGGCGCCCGGCGGUGGAGGCGGCGGCGGCGGCGGAUCCGCGCAGCAUUCCUCGGCGCAGCAGCCCCAGCAGCAGCAGCAGCAGCAGCAGCAGAGCUCGCCGGCGGCGGCCAUGGCCGGCGCCCACUACCCGCUCCACUGCCUGCACUCGGCGGCGCCCGCCUCGCACCCCCACUCCCACCAGCACCCCCACCACCACCACCCGCACCACCACCACCACCACGCCGCGCCCUACCCGCCCGGCCCCGCCGCCGCCAACUCCUACAGCCACCGCUCGCUGGCCGCCGCCGCCGCCGCCGCCGCCGCCUACCCCUACGUGAGCCACUCGCAGCACAGCCCCUACCUCCAGCCCUACCACGCCGGCGGCGCCGCCGGACAGACGCGGCCCGACGAGGCAGAUCAGCAAAAAACCACGGUCAUCGAAAACGGGGAGAUCCGAUUCAACGGGAAGGGGAAGAAGAUCCGGAAGCCCCGGACCAUUUACUCCAGCCUCCAGCUGCAAGCUUUAAACCACCGGUUUCAACAGACCCAGUACCUGGCGCUUCCCGAGAGAGCAGAACUGGCGGCGUCGCUGGGACUCACGCAGACGCAGGUGAAGAUCUGGUUCCAGAACAAGCGCUCCAAGUUCAAGAAGCUGCUCAAGCAAGGCGGCAACCCCCACGAAAGCGACCCCCUGCCGGGUUCCGCCACUCUGUCCCCGCGGUCUCCGGGCCUUCCCCCAGUCUGGGACGUUUCAGCCUCUGCCAAAGGAGUCAACAUGGCCCCCAACAGCUACAUGCCUGGUUAUUCUCACUGGUACUCUUCCCCACAUCAAGACACAAUGCAGAGACCACAAAUGAUGUGAAGGAGCCAAGAGCAACAGCUUCCCGGAGCGGCCGCGUCUCC